CUUAUUGUAGAAAAGUAUGUUUUGUUGGGUUGGAUGACAAAUUUGAAAAAGAAGAAUUAUUGAGUGGCGAAAGAGUGGUAGUUGAAAUAAUUGACAAAGCAUUGCCAAUGAUUGGAGAAAGAAAAUAUAAUCUUGGAAGACUGGUAGAAGGUACAUGGGUAAUAAGCAUGAUGGAAAUAAACACUGACGUAGACAUUUCUAAAAUGCAACAAGAUAUUGCUUAGAAUCUUUGGAAAAUGUGGAAGAAGAUAAAGAUUGAUGGAAAAGAGUUUUUAUUGAAACAUAUCACUGUGGGAUCAGCACAUAAAAUAUAUGUUACGGAUUUGGUACAGUUAUGGUAUGAGGAUUUACAAGGAGAACAGUUGUUAUGCAGAUGCAAAGAACUAAACAAAUUUCUUGAAGCCAGUGACGAUGUGUUCCACGGUGACAUACUCUCACUGUUAGAAAGUGAGGCUGAUGAUAUUAUCAGAAGUUUCACCACUGUAGAUGACAGCAAAACUCUGAUGUUACAGACAAAUUUGGAAGGUCCCAAAUUCAGAAUAAAGUUUUUUCUGAAGCCAGGAAGUCAUAGUGAAUUUUACGAGGAGGUGACCCGACCUCUGCUAACUGUAGUUGCUGAGAUGGAGAGACGGCAUCACCUUCUGGUCGAGGCUAUCAAGGGCAAGGACCUGGAAAUACUGGAGUAUAAGCUGGAAGGAGGACAGAUAUCACGCAAAGCCGUUGAGACUACGCCAUUUGACUUGAAUGCAUUUUCUACAAAGUGCGCAGAAGAUGUUAGCACUACUAAGUCUGUUGUCGUUUCUCAUCCUUCCCAAACGUUUACACCUUUCACGCAAGAUUUGAUUGAGAAAAUUUCAGCUGCUCCAGUAUUACCUUCAAAAACAUUAUCAUUCAGAGAAGAAAAAGUAACUGUUAAGAAGACGUCAACAAUAAAGUUAAAAUCUCCCUCCAAGAAUAAAAAACCCAAGAUGUACGAUGAUGAUGAUGAAGAUGAAGACUGUGGUAUGAACAAUGAAACAAAACAGGAGCAAAAUCAGACAGAAGUAAAGCAAGAAGAUCAGACCAAACAAAGAAAAUCAAAAGAAAACCGAAGAGUAAAAAAAGUGUUAACAAAUUUGUGAUUUUUUUAAACUUUCUCAAUUCUACUGAAUUUGGUUUACAUACUGUAAUAAUUAGUGAUAUAAUAAUUGCAAUAAAGUUUUUUACUAUUUAUAAAUUGUUCCAAAA